AUGUCACACGUGGAACGUUAUCAACAUCGUUUUCAGCAUCUCCACAAUGAAUCUGCUGCUAAUUUUGGUUUUUAUUGUCGGUGCGUCAUCAGACAGCUUUUACAGUUAUAGCGUAAAACAGGGAGACAAAGAAACAGACCUGAGUCAAUAUGCAGGAAAGGUGGUGCUUGUGGUGAAUGUGGCGUCCGAAUGUGGCUACACCGAUGGUCAUUACAGGUCUCUGGUCAGACUCCAGGACAAGUUAGGUUCCAGUGAUAAAUUCUCUGUCCUAGCCUUUCCAUGUAAUCAGUUUGGUAAACAGGAGCCUGGGAGUUAUAAAGAAAUCCUGUCUUUUGCAAAGAAAAAUUACAAAGUCAACUUUCCAGUAUUUUCCAAAAUUAAUGUGACAGGUGAUGAUGUUCCAGAAGCUUGGAAAUAUUUAAUUCAAAACUCUGAAGAGCCAACAUGGAAUUUCUGGAAAUACCUGGUAGAUGAGAAAGGGCAUGUGGUUCGAGCCUGGGGCCCUUGGAUAUCAGUAGAAGAUAUCACACAGGAUAUCAUAGAUGUCAUUGAUGGAAACUAUUCUGUUAAUGCCCAGAAGAGGGGGGAGCUGUGAACAGGAUCUUGCUAGUCAAUGUUUGAUAAAGUACUUAACAAUAAGUGUUUACAUUUCCCCCUUUACUGUAAGUGUUGACAUUUCCCCCAGAAGCAAUAUCCAAAUCAAUAAUAUUUAUUUUCAUUGAUUAUUGCAAAGCAAGCUUGAACUAAAAUGUUUAUUUUGUAGUUUUUUUAUUCAAAAAAUAAGUUUAAAAAUUCAAAUAUAUUCAUUGGCCUAUCCAUGCACAUCUGAGGAAAAAUAUAUAAACAAAUUAAAGCUAGUGGAUGGCCAUGGGUGCACAAGGAAAUAAAAAAGAAUCAAAGGUUUUUUUAAGGCUCCUAAAUGUAAAUUUUAUUUAUUUUUCGUUUGCAACACACCGUUAGUGUCGAAUAAGAAGGGAAACAAUAUUCUUUGUCUAUUGUGAAAUGUUAAAAUAUAAA